GGAGCCAUGGUGCUUGUGGUUCCUGGGCGUCCUGGGUUGGCCGGUGGCUGGUGAGGAGCGUAGUACGGGAAACUGAGUCCCGAGGUUCAGGACGGUGGUGUUCAAGGAUGCGAGGCUCGGCCACGUUCCAGCUCACUCCCGGGGCUAAGACUCAUCCCUCAGCUCCGAGGAUUCUCCGCGGGGCCUGCGGGGCGCUGAAGGCAGAUGAGGCGACUUUCUGGUCUGCGCACCCAUCAGUCUCGACGGGCUUCCGGGAGGACGCAGUGUUCCCGCCGCCGCGCCGCAGGCCUGGCUUCCUGCCCUGGAAAGCAGGCGGGACGAAGACAGGAGACCGUCCGCCAGUCUGGGACAGAGCCACAAGAGCUCCACAGGUCCUCCCGAAUCUCCCGCCCCGACCAGCCUGCUCCUCACUUCCGGUUCCGGCGCCGACCGGAAGUGGAGGGCGGGCGACGGCGGCUGCGCGCGGAGGAGGGGAGGAGGAGCCCGACGGACGCUUCCCGCCCCCGAGCCGGUGCGGUGCCGUGCGGUGCGGAGCUAAGCGGAGCCGAGGGGAGGUCCGGCCCAGGGGAGCCGGCUGAGUGGCCGCCGAGCUCCCGCCAUGGCCCGGAACACGCUGUCCUCGCGCUUCCGCCGGGUGGAUAUCGACGAGUUUGAUGAGAACAAAUUCGUGGACGAGCAGGAGGAGGCAGCGGCGGCAGCGGGCGAGCCAGGCCCGGACCCCGGCGAGGUGGAUGGGCUCCUGCGGCAAGGUGACAUGCUUCGAGCAUUCCAUGCAGCCUUGCGGAACUCUCCAGUCAACACCAAGAAUCAAGCCGUGAAGGAACGAGCCCAGGGUGUGGUGUUGAAAGUACUUACAAACUUUAAGAGCAGCGAAAUUGAGCAGGCUGUGCAGUCACUGGACAGAAAUGGCAUUGACUUGUUAAUGAAGUACAUUUAUAAAGGGUUUGAGAAGCCCACGGAAAACAGCAGUGCAGUGUUACUCCAGUGGCAUGAAAAGGCUUUAGCUGUAGGAGGACUAGGCUCCAUUAUACGAGUUCUUACAGCAAGAAAGACUGUCUAAAAAAAAACAACAAAAGACUCAUGUUACCUUGAGAAGAAUUUUGGAUACCCAGACUGGUGAAGAAAGGACUGACCGUGGACCGUCUUCCUAGGAACUCCCAACUAAAUAUUUCAGGACACAUAUCUGCUAAAGUUAUUUUAUUUUCAAGGUGGAGGGAGAAACCAUGUUAUUGCUUCCUAAAUUCUUUGCAGGGUCUGAGUCUGCUGUUGUCUACAAAGUAACACAGAACUGACACUUGAGUAUCAGACUGUCUGGCCAGUUUGUGAGGUGUACCUGUGUGUACUGCCUGUUUAAAAUGGGGAGGGACUAUUUGGGCAGGUGCAGAUCCAAGGGCUGUGGUCAAAGGGAGAGCUUGGGUGGAAAAAAACCUGAGAGUUUGUACAGAUACCGUGUCUUUUCAGAGAAGCCGGGCUCUCUUGGGUUCAUUGUAAAGUGCCUGCUGCAUCAAUAAAGCUCUUGGCUUAUUAGUAUAUUCA